GCAAAAAGAAGGUCAUGAUCCGUACCUUUUCGCAAACAUCGGUAUUAUAUACCUUUUUUAGGUUCAACAACUCUAAAGCAAAAUGAAUGAUAAUCUCUGUAUCUAAUUCAAUUUUUUAUGGUGUUUUUUCCAGGUGAAAGAAAUUCAGAAAAGGAAUCAAUUAUAAUCCCUCUGAAGAAUUCGGGUUGAAAGUAAAAUCGAGAAGAAGGUAAUUCAUCAAACAAGAUUUGCAAGUAAAGACUAACUAGUUGAAUUUGUUUUUCAGCGACCACAUUGUGAUUAUCUUCUUUUGGCGACAUAUAUUUUGAGUUUCUUGCUCAAUAUAACUUCCAAAUAGAACAAAAUGGCGAAGUCUAAGAGCGUCGAACCGACCGUCGAGGUCGAGCACACUGCUGUGGCUGAAAAGAAAAAGAAGAAGAAGAGCAAGACUUCCGAAGAAGUUGAAGUUUCCGUUGAAACCCUGAAGCGUGAGGCCGUGGAGGCAGCAGCCGACGAGGAGCCAAAGAAGAAAAAGAAGAAGACCAAGACCACCGAGGAAGCAGCUGCAAAGACUGAGGAACCUAAGGCUGCCGAAGAGGAGCCAGCAGCUGAAGCCGGCGAAAAGAAGAAGAAGAAAAAGAAGAAGGCUGCUGAAGAAGAAGCCACGACUGAGACCGCAGAAUCUGCUGCCCCGAUGGACGUCGAUAGCGAAGAGAAGCCAAAGAAGAAAAAGAAGAAGUCCGCUGAUGCUGCCACUGAAGAGGCUGCCGAGGAAAAGAAGACUUCCGAAGAGGAUGCUGAGACCGAGGCACCAGCUGAGGACAAGGAGGACGAGGAAGAAAAGAAGGAAGACACAUCAGCAGAAUCCAAGGAAGUCAUCAUCUUCGGUCUCCAGUGGGAAGCUGAUGAAGAGGUCGUCAAGAAGGACUUCGAAGAGUGCGGUGAAAUUGUCUCUUUCCGCAUGCCGGUUGAUCGCGAAACCGGAAAAUACAAGGGUAGGAAAAAUAUAAGUAGUUUCUUUAUGGGGCUCUUUUUCCCCCUCCAGUCAUAAUACAAACACAAACCCAUGAUGCGUAAGUUGACACGAGCCCUCUUGACUUGUUGCACCACCUGUCAUCCACCCAACAUGUUAGUGUAUAAUAUCGAAGUCGAAUUACAGGCACUUUUCUAUUUUUUCUUGAUUAGAGAACUUAUACGCCGAGAGUGGGUAGUACAUCUAUCUAUCUAUAUCUAUCUACCUGAUCUUUACUAGGUAUGGCAUUCUGCGAAUAUGCAACUGCUGAGGGUGUGAAGAAGGCUUUGGAUUACAACGAGACUGAGUACUCCGGACGUACUCUGCGUGUGCGUAUCUGCGAGCCGGAUGGCAAAGGAAAGGGCAAGGACGGAAAGGGAAAGGGAAAGAAGGGUAAGGAUGGAAAAGGAAAGGGCAAGGGAAAAGACGGCAAAGGCAAGGGAAGCUAUACCCCGGGUGAAAAGCCAGAGGGAUGCAAGUACAGACAACUUAUACAUAGUUUCUCGAAACUAGUACGUGAACAUUUCCUAUGAAGUUCAACUUCAAGUUCAUCAGCAACUACAUCUUUGUUUUCAACCUCGCCGCACUCCAAAUGACUCUGAAGAAACGGGGUCAUAGGCAUUGACUUUAAGUACUUACAAAUCUUGUUUCUCUCUCUCACUCGAUCGUUCCGUUGCCACAGGUCCGUUAUCUUGAAGUGGUUGAACUACGAGACCGUUGAGGAUUCCAUCCGUUCGCAUUUCGAAGAUUGCGGUGAUAUCCAGGGAAUCAAGCUUCUCACCGAUAGAGAAACCGGUGCAUCCAAGGGUAUGGCAUUCGUUGACUUCGACAGCGAAGAAGGUACUUUUGUUUACUUACUCCAUUAGAAGAAAACCUAAACCUAAAGAUCCAAACCGUGAAUGUAGUAGUGACCCCUACUAGCCAAGAAAAUCUCCUUGAAAUAGGAACACCAGUAAAUCCCUGUUGUAACUUGUAGCAGGUGGAUUACAAUCAAUUUGUCGUCUCUAGAAGUAAGCUUGUCGUAUCAGUAAGUUGGCAAUCAUGGGUAAAAGACCACUAUUGUAGUUAUCUCGAGAUCCUGCAUUUGCAUUUUGCAGCUCUAGACAAGUACAGACAGCAUAUUAUCCGAUUUUCCCUCGCUUGUCGCUAGCUGGUAGAUGAGUACUUAUCUAGUCUCAUCUAGUCCCUUGAUCGUACGCGAAGAUAUAGAUAGAACUACAACUGGUGGCCUGAAUCGUAUCUCGUGUGUAGAUUACCGCACAUUAGUACGCCGUCUUUUACUUUGACGAUGACGAAGUCCUCGAGAAGGAACCUACUUCCACAACCCAAAAAUAUCAGCCGUCGACAAAGCGGUCAAGAAGUGCAACUCGGAGCUUGACGGCAAGAACAUUAUCGUCGACUACAACACUCCGCGCGAGAAAGGUGACGGCAAAGGAAAGGACGGAAAGAAGGGAGGCAAGGGCGACGGAAAGAAAGGCAAGGGAAAGGGCAAGAAAGGAAAGAAGGGAAAAGAGGGCGACUCCAUCAAGGCUGCCAACAUGGGAAGCAUCCAAGAAUUUGCCGGUGCCAAGAAGUCCUUCGACAGUGACAGCGAGUAAAUUGUUCGUCAACGAAAACGUUAAAGUGUCAGUAUCUGUUUAUCGGUUAAUUGCCUACCGAUUCGCACUAUCAUGUUUCCAGGUUUUCGCGCACCUCUGUACAUCUUACUGAUUCUAUUCUUGUUCGGCCAAAUUUCAAUGUCCUCCUAGGGUGUUGUCGUAGGUCAGAUUAGAGGUUCCGUAUUUUAGCCAGUUUUUCGCACGACCCGAUGUUGUAUUGUGUUUUAGAUCGAAAUUCGCAACCUAAAUUUGUCUUCUCUCUGUAAUUGCUUGUAUUGUUCGACCGAAUCCUAUGAUAAUGAACAACAACUAUUUAGAAGACCAACAUCGACUAAAGUAUUUGGAGAUCGAGGUUGAGCAGUAAUGGGCAGCCUUGUUUUGAUAGGUACACAUUAUUGAGUAUUCAUUGAAAGCACUAGAAAUGUAAAAGAAUUUUAAAACUCAGAUGAUUGAAGGAGUUGCUCUUGCAUACGUACUAAUGAUGUAGCGCCAUGGUGGGAAGGCUCACACUCAUGUGGUGAUGGUGUGCUCACGCAUGGUGAGACUAAAACGAAUCGAAAGCGACGAACUCUUCCGCCCGAAGAACGAAGAUCGACUAAAAGCUUUUCACUUUCCUGCAUAUAAAAAUGAACUUAUUCAGCUUCGCAGCAGAUCGACCUGCAACAAACCUGCACCAGGGCAGACCCUGAGGUAAAUUGAAUCGUUCAAGCCCAUCAGCAUCAAAGGUCGGCCGUUUGGAGUUCGUU